AUGGAUCUCAAAGUGAUCUGUGCGCUCUCCGUCAUCCUCAUCGUAUCCCUCAGCACCUUCGCAGAGGGAAAGAAAUUACCAACAAGUUGCCAGUGUAAAAUGGCCCCCAGAGAGCGGAAGAACUGCGGCUACCCGGGAAUCUCAGCAGAGGAGUGCAAGAAAGCUGGGUGCUGCUUCAGCGAUUCAGUCGCCGGCGUCCCCUGGUGCUUUGCUCCUAAGGCAAAGAAAGUUAAGAAAGUAUGUCCCAACAAUCCCCAUGCCAGGGUAAACUGCGGCUUCCCCGGCAUCUCGGCUACGGACUGCAAAAGGAAGGGGUGCUGCUUCAUGGCACAACCCGCUGGUGUCCCCUGGUGCUUCUACCACCACAUGGUGGAGGAAGCUUGUUAAAGGAGAAACUUCCAUCAAGACCCUUGCGAUCUCUGGACCUACUCCAAUAGGAAACAACAGCCGGAGGUCCCAACUC